CUAGAGCGCGUCAAGCGCGUCUGUGUUAUCGUUCCUAUUUCUAAAACUCAAGAACUUUUUGUGAGAAUGGGUCAUUUGUGACCUCUUUUAUACACAAGCUAUGAAUAAUUUCCAGAAAAAGAAAAUCAAGGUCAUUUUUAUAGGGGACAGCGAGUGUGGAAAAACGGCUCUUCUAAGCACGUUUGUCAAAGACAUCUUUCCCGAGGCUUACGAAUCGACAGUAUUCAAUAGUCUAUCAUCCGAGGUAGAGAUUGAAGGUGAAAUAAUCGAGCUAUCUUUUUGGGAUACCUCAGGUCAGUCUGAAUUUGACCAUAUCAGACCACUAUCCUAUCAAGAUACAGAUGUCAUUGUUAURUGUUUUGACAUAAGUCGUCCGGAAACUCUAGAAAAUGUUUAUAGCAAGUGGUCAAAGGAAGCUAAGGAAAUGUGCAGUGGAAAACCUUCCAUUCUUGUCGGCUGCAAAUCUGAUUGCAGAAGUGAGAAAAAGCUAAAUACAGACACAAUAAAGAGCACAAGGAUGCCCUCAACAUAUAAACAGGGAAAUAACAUGAGUAAAGCAAUCAACUCUGAAAUAUAUCUUGAAUGUUCGGCCAAAGAAAAAGAUMGAUUGCAAGAUAUUUUUGAAUUAUGUGUAUUAGUAGCUUUAAAAAAACCAUUUCGAAAAAAGAACUAUAAGCCAAAAACAAUAACAUCUGAAAAUUCAKUACAAAAAAAAUCAAAAAGAUGCAUUGUUGCUUAAAUAUUAAUUCAUAUAAAAAUGCCAAAGAAAGAAAACACAUAGUUCUAUAUAWAAACUGAURUAAAUUUAAAAUUAAUGAUAAAUUAUGCUAAAAAAAUCCAAAUUUAAGUUGAAUAAUAUUUAUUUACAUUUCAAGAUAAAUAUAUUUCAUAAAUUAAGAGAGCAAAAAAAAGCUUCCUAGAAUUCCAUGGUAUUUACUUUGUAGAAAUUUAGAUAAAAGUAUUUUCAAAUAUUAUUGAGCUGAAAGACAUUUCAUGCAGGAGGUGUAAUUAUUGCAAUUGCAAAUAAAAUAUUUGUGAAUUUG